CUUAAGGUAUAUUAAUUGAAUCAGUAUCCCUAAGCCGGAGCCUUGCAGACUCGCAACAAUGAAGAGAAGCAGGCACCCGAGCAGCAGCGAUGACUCCGACAAUGGAAGUAACUCUACCUGCUGGUCUCAACAUUCAUCACAGCCCAGGAGGGGAACCGGGCAGAAACCCUCAGAGGUCUUCAGGACGGACCUGAUCACCGCCAUGAAAGUGCAUGACUCGUACCAGCUGAACACCGAGGACUACUACAUCCUUGCUGACCCGUGGCGGCAGGAGUGGGAGAAAGGGGUCCAGGUUCCCGUCAGUCCCCUGUCCAUCCCACAGCCCGUCGUCAGGGUGCUGGUGGAAAAAGGGAAGGAGGUGAUGUUCGUCAGGCCAAAGAAGCUGAUCAGGACGUCGGGCACCGAGGCAUUGGGGUACGUCGACAUCCGGACACUGGCGGAGGGAAUGUGCCGCUACGACCUCAAUGAGGAAGACGUGGCCUGGCUGCAGAUCGCCAACCAGGAGUUUGCAGAUAUGGCCUUGGCACCGCUGGACGAGCUCACCAUGGAGCGUGUCAUGGAGGAGUUUGAGCGCUGCUGCCAUGACAACAUGACGCAUGCCAUGGAGACAGAGGAGGGGCUGGGCAUCGAGUACGACGAGGACGUGGUGUGUGACGUCUGCCAGUCGCCUGACGGGGAGGACAACAAUGAGAUGGUGUUCUGCGACAAGUGCAACAUAUGCGUGCAUCAGGCGUGUUACGGCAUCCAGAAAGUACCAAAAGGCAGCUGGCUGUGUCGGAUCUGCGCCCUCGGCAUCCUGCCAAAGUGCCAAUUGUGUCCCAAGAAGGGAGGAGCCAUGAAGCCGACCCGAAGUGGAACCAAGUGGGUCCACGUCAGCUGUGCCUUGUGGAUUCCAGAGGUGAGCAUCGGCAAUCCAGAGAAGAUGGAGCCGAUAACCAACGUGUCCCAGAUCCCCAGCAACAGAUGGGCUCUGAUCUGCUGCAUGUGCAAAGAGAAGACUGGAGCGUGCAUACAGUGCUCAGCUAAAAACUGCCGGACUGCCUUCCACGUGACGUGCGGCCUCCACGCCAGUCUUGAAAUGAACACCAUCCUCACGGAGGAUGACGAGGUCAAGUUCAAGUCCUACUGCCCCAAACACUCCGGGCUCGAGGGCGCCGAGUCCAGGGACAGAGACUCCGAGGGCGAGGAGGAUAAGGAGAGCACCAGAGACAAGAAGGGCAAGAGGAGAGGCAGGGUGAGAGGGGACGAAGACACCGCCUCCUCCUCUUCCUCUCUCUGCGUCGUGGCUCCUCAGCUCUGCACGGCCAGCAGAGCGCCCGAAGACCUGGAGACGCUCAGCAGCCGUCAGCAGGAGAAGAGGGUCAACCUCCGCAAGCUGAAGCUGCAGGCAUUGGAGGAGGACUUCUACCAGUUUGUGGAGGUGGAGGAGGUGGCCGCUCAUCUGAAGCUGCAGCCAGAGGUGGUGGACUUUGUCUUCCAGUACUGGAAACUCAAACGCAAAGCCAACUUCAACCAGCCGCUCCUCACGCCCAAGAAGGACGAGGAGGAGAGCCUGGCGCGCCGGGAGCAGGAGGUGCUGCUGCGGCGUCUGCAGCUCUUCACUCACCUCCGUCAGGACCUGGAGAGGGUUCGUAACCUGACCUACAUGGUGACACGAAGGGAGAAGAUGAAGCGCUCGCUGUGGAGAGUCCAGGAGCAGAUCUUCCAGCACCAGGUCCGACUACUGGACAACGAGCUGCUCAAAGGAGAUCCUUCAGCAAAGGAUUUAGAAAAGCUCUUCUCUCUGAGCUGGUUAUCCUCUCAGGGCUCCCAGUCUCGCUCUUCAUGGAGCCACUCUGGACUCAAAACCAAACGAGGGUUUUCAAAGCAGGAGAGAAGGAAAAGCAGCGACCAUAGAGGCCUCUGGGACUCCCCAGCGCACACUUACAGGAGAGACAAUCUGAGCAAACCACUGGAGAUGCAAGAUAGUGACACAUCUGCACCUGCUGAGGCCAUGAGCGAAUCAGAAAUGUUAAACUCUUUAAUCAGCCAGGAGAUUCAGUUCCUACAGCUUCAGAGGCCAGAAACUUUUCCAGAAA